AUGUACAGCCAAGAAGAAAGAAAGGACUGUGUGUACCAAGAGGUCACCGAGCCCCAGGAUGAUGACUACCUUUUGUCAGAACUUCUUCAUCGACCCCCUGCAUUUGUAAAGGACACUGCAGUUGACGAGGGCCAUCCCCACCGCUCAGCCCUCACCCUGCCCCCUGGGUUGAGAAUCGGGCCAUCCGGCAUCCCUGAGGCUGGGCUUGGAGUGUGGAAUGAGGCAGCUGAUUUGCCAGUGGAUCUGCACUUUGGCCCUUAUGAAGGACACAUCACAGAAGAUGAAGAGGCAGCCAAGAGCAGAUACUCCUGGCUGAUCGCCAAAGGGAGAAACCGCUAUGAGUAUGUAGAUGGGAAGGACAAAUCCUGGGCCAACUGGAUGAGGUUUGUGAACUGUGCCCGGGAUGAUGAAGAGCAGAACUUGGUGGCCUUUCAAUACCACGGGCAGGUUUUCUAUCGAACCUGCCAGGUUACCAGCGGGGGCUGUGAGCUGCUGGUCUGGUUCGGGGAUGAGUAUGGCCGGGAGCUGGGCAGCAAGUGGGGCAGCAAGUGGAGGGGAGAGCCUGCAGCUGGGAGAGUCUGUGCAAUGGAAAUGGGAACUCCGCCUUUCGGUUUGACAUUCAAAGUUGAGUCAGCACAGACAGACUCUGACAAGAGGAUCGCUGAGAUUACAAGUCCUGCUGAACAGCCUUCAGUGCCUGUCUUCUGCAGCUUUAGUGCUGGACAAAGGAAGAUAAGGACAGGGUAG